AUGAUUCUUUUCAGAUACUGCAUAGCGAUGUUAAGAUUACUUCUAUCACUACUGUUAGUCAUCAGAGCCCAAUCAAUGGUGGAUCAUGAAGAACGUGAAAUUAUCCUUACCGCACAUGGAAUGAGCGUAGACGAUGUAGAAAAUCGUGUUGUUAUUCCAAGUGAGUAUAGUUUCAUUCAGGUUAUAAUUUAUAAUUGUUGUAUUUAUGAGGGCAAAUUGGCUCAUCAAACUAGCAGGUUUUGUUCAGUACAAGACGGGCGCAUACCUCCUUUACCUUGCGUGAUGGCAAAUGCCGGCACGCAUCAACAUGGCGAGACCUUCACCAAAAAUAAUUUUCACUACCAAUGUAAAAAUGGGACUGCUGAAGUAGUAGCCUGUAUAGCCGACGAUCAGUCUGUAAUCCAGUUAGGCAGAAUUUUUGUAAGAAAUGGAAUGAAACACAAAUGCAGCGUAGUUGGAGAUUCAGUCACUUAUGAACAAGAAUCAAUGUGCUUCGACAAUGGUAUCCACUAUUCCAUUGGAGAUACGUUCCGAAACGGCUCGUUUAGAUUAACGUGUGGUCAGGAUGGAAUCAUCAUAGAAGGUGAUAGAACUUUUUAA